CCUGCUUCUCGUUUUAUCGCGAACCAUCGCCCCUUUUCUCGCCAAUAAAUAGCUACGCACAUUUACAGGGCUCCAGCAUUAUGGAAGGUCCGAGGAACCGGAAACAGCGACGAGCAGCAGCGGCAGCAGCGACAACUGUCGACAGCGACACGUUCGAUCCCUCCUCAAUCCCCCUCGCGCGCCCUGCACCGAAUCCCCCGAAGAGCAAGGAGAAGACGUUGAUGGACAUUAUAUCUGAACGGCAAAGCAAACUUCUAGGCCAGGCAAACGCCCCGACUGGGACCUCUGACUCGAGCCCCCGGUUUGCGACCCAUCAAUAUGCCGAGUCCAUCGAACUAGACAAUCUCGUCCGCGAAUCAGUAUUCGUGGCCUUUCCGAUGCUGACCCUGCUGGUCCAUCUUGCUCACGGACACGUCGUCUCCUUCAUUGGCAGCACUGGCAGGUCGAAGUCCACCGAGACGGUCUCGCUUCUGCCCUGGGACAGCGAGAAACUGACGUUAGAAUUCUUCCGAAAACUGCUCUUUCCUCCGGCAUUACGUACCAUGGUGUUCCUGCCGAUGGCGGUCGCUCUUGGCUGUAAGCUGAUGGUCAUAACCAACGACGAACCAUACUAUGCGGUGAUGAGGGGGGCGCCCGCCAUCGGGACAAUAUGGAUCUGGAGCAUUUUGGAGAUACCGUUUGGGGCAGCCGUUAUCGGGGCGUUGGGGCCAUUAGCAUGGGGGGUAUGGUGGAAAGGCUACGGGAUACUCUGA